AUGGAGGAGGUGAUGGAGGAGGUGAUGGAGGAGGUGAUGGAGGAGGUGAUGGGGGAGGUGAUGGAGGAGGGGAUGGAGGAGGGGAUGGAGGAGGUGAUGGAAAAAGUGAUGGAGGAGGUGAUGGAGGAGGGGAUGGAGGAGGGGAUGGAGGAGGUGAUGGAAGAAGUGAUGGAGGAGGUGAUGGAGGAGGGGAUGGAGGAGGAGGUGAUGGAGGAGGGGAUGGAGGAGGUGAUGGAGGAGGUGAUGGAGGAGGUGAUGGAGGAGGUGAUGGGGGAGGUGAUGGGGGAGGUGAUGGAGGAGGGGAUGGAGAAGGGGAUGGAGGAGGUGAUGGAGGAGGGGAUGGAGGAGGUGAUGGAGGAGGGGAUGGAGGAGGUGAUGAGGAGGUGA